GUCUGGCAAACUUCAUAUAAGUGAGCGCAAACGUGCAGCACUCAAUCACAUUAGUUCCAGCAGCACCUGUGGUGGCUGAACCGGACAGAAUCACUACACGAAACCGAGACGAAAAACAGAGAAGACAAAGGAUCUUUCUCUUUUUCAGUCAAGUCUUGGAAAUGGAAAACGCAAGCUUUGUGAAUAAGGAGUUUAUAAGUUUAUGGGUACGGGAUCCUCAGCUGCGCAAGGAGGAUUUCUGGCACACUUACAUUGACUAUGAAAUCUGUCUUCACACCAAUAGCAUGUGUUUCAGAAAGAAGACUUCUUGUGUUAGGAGGAGGUAUAGUGAGUUUGUUUGGUUGCGGCAGAAACUACAGAACAACGCUCUGCUUAUAGAGCUGCCUAAACUCCCUCCUUGGAAUCCUUUCUUCAAUCUCAAUAAUGAUUUCCAGGUUGCUCAGCGGAUGCGGGGGCUACAACAGUUUCUUGAGGCAGUUCUACAGACACCAUUACUGUUGUCAGACAGUCGGCUGCACCUGUUCUUGCAGUCACAGCUGAGCAUUGCAAAAAUGGACGCAUGUUCACAGGGACAGACUCACUACACCGUUGCGCAGGCAAUACAGAGAUGUGUCUGUGAUGCACGUUUCCCUGUGGAGGAGCAGCUUCAAGAAGAAGACAUCAAAACUUGCUGGGACUCAGACUGUGACAGUACAACAUCCUCUGGCUUGGGCCAUAGUGUCGAACCUGUCUCAUCUGUUGAAGAGGAUUCCUUCCACAACGAGAGCCUUGCCCAUGAAUUCCAUGUUACAACCCCUGAGACAGAACUCUUUAGCAGCCUGUCUUCAUCUCCUAGCAACCAGCAGCAUGUGCACUCCAUUAGAUAAACUGAAAAGAUAUAAUCAAGUAAAUGCGCACAUAUGUACAUACAUGUAUGCUCUCAGCCAAAAAGAGCCCCAAUUGCUGCUUACAGCCUUCAAAGUUAUAUUUGGAUGGAUGAUAACGAAAGGAAAAAGGUUCUUGAUUUUGUUUUAUUAAGUGUUAUAUUUUUGGUCAUGUUUUUCCCAUGUCUCCUUUUUAAAAAAUACUUUACAUUUCUUUGCUCAUCACAUUUAAUAUUCCUUCACGACUAAAGAGGUGACCUGGAUAUACAACGAACAAAUGAAGUGGGGUCAGAUGUGAGGGGACGGAUUACAGCAUUCAGACUGAGCAUCAUUCUAAAUGUUUAGUGUUUUUCUCCAUUAACACUAAUUCAGGUGUAGACUGGGUUUAAUAUGUGCUGACAAAGAAGCCUUUUAAACACAGCUACGGCAUUUUCCGCUGAACAGAUGUGCUUUUGUUUAACAGAGUUUAAAAGAAUGUCAGAAAUAAAACACAUCUUUGAAUGUUUCUUAAAAUCAUAUUUUCUAUAUUUAUAUUAGCAUCGUUAAAAGGCAUUUGACUCUUUAAAUGUAUGAGGAAAAUUGUUUUUUAGAAAAUACACUUUUAAUGUGAUUUAUGUAGCCUUAAAUGAAUAAAUAUUAUUU